AUGAACCCCUAUAUCCUAGGCUUCAAAGUGCCUGCCCCCUCAAUCCCAGCCAUCCCCCUCCUGUUCAUUUUCGUUCUUAUUCCAUUAUACGACCGGAUUUUUGUCCCACUGGCUAGAAAAAUCACAGGAGUACCUACCAGAAUUCAACACCUCCAGAGAAUCGGAAUUGGGCUGGUGCUGUCCACUAUUUCCAUGGCGGUUGCCGGAGUCAUAGAGACCUGCCGCAAGUCCGUGGCUCUUGAACAUAACAUGAUGGAUAGUGUUGAACCUUUACCAAUAAGUGUGUUUUGGUUGGGGUUCCAAUAUGCUAUAUUUGGAGCAGCUGAUAUGUUUUCCUUUGUAGGGCUCCUAGAGUUUUUCUAUGCAGAGAGCUCAGCUGGCAUGAAGUCACUCGGCACAGCCAUUUCACGGUGUUCAGUGUCAUUUGGGUAUUUCAUGAGUACUGUGGUGGUGGAGGUUGUGAACAAGGUGAGUGGAGGGUGGUUGGCUAGCAAUAAUCUUAGUAGAGACAAGCUAAACUACUUCUAUUGGUUAUUGUCAGUGAUGAGCAUGGUGAACUUUGUGGUUUAUUUGGUGUGUGCAUCUUGGUAUAGAUACAAAAAGGUGGAGAAUAAGGAGGGUGGUGCUGAGGGAAAGCUUGGAAUGGCAGGAGCUUAG